AUGGAAACCCGGAAUUCAGGAGAAGCUGAAGACAAUAAUGCGGCGGGCCCAAGCACAACUCUUGGCGCCACAUACGAUGCAGCCUCUGGUGGCUUGCCGGAUUAUCAUCAAGUUGUGCCCACGCUCCGUUCCAACGUGCAACAAAUGCGCAAAUGCAUAUCCAUAGAUCUGCUAUCGGCGAGUCAACGAGAAGCAAAUUUCCUGCGAAUGAUCGAUCGCAAAGCACCGAUGCUUUAUGAGCCAAGCGUGAUCGAAAAUGCAAUCAGACAACUAAGAAACCCGGGAAGCAAAUUACUGAUGUUGGCAAUCACGCUGCCUGUUAUUGUGGAGGAGUAUCUGAUUUUCGAAUCCGUUAACUAUUUCAGCUAG